CUCACCCUCUGGGAAAUAGCUGGCAUCCUCAAGAGCGAUGGAGGAAAUCUAUGCCAACGUUGAAUAUGCCCAACCUGUCGACUCAAACCCUUUGACCAAUCAGACAGCGAUGGAGGAAAUCUACGUCAACGCUGAAUAUGAAAAAUCUCAAGUUUCCUCAAGACCUUCAAGAACUCACACAGGUCCCAGCAGCUCAGAGAUCAGAUCUCAUAGAGCUGUUGUUCUCUCUCUGGGGCUGCUGAGUGUUUUCCUGCUGGCUGGACUCGUUGGUCUCGGUGUCCACUACCAUGACUCAGUGCGUGGAUCAGCUGCAGAUCUCUCCACUAUCAAAGCCAACCUGACCGAGCGUCUCCGGGUCAUGGAUGACAAGCUGUCCUCCGUGUCCGAAGAGAGAGACCAGCUGAACGACAACCUCACUAAAGUGACCAAAGAGAUGGAAAAACUUCAGCUUUCAUCUCAACAGAAGAAAUCGUGUCCUGCAGGAUGGAGGAUGUUCAGUCGUUCCUGUUAUCUUCUCUCUGGAGAGUCUGCUUCCUGGGAUGAGAGCAGACAAGACUGCAGAGACAAAAGAUCAGAUCUGGUGAUCGUAGACACGCUUGUAGAACAGGAAUUCCUCAGUAGCAUCAUCAGGAAACGCACGUGGAUUGGUUUAAGUGACAGAGACAACGAGGGCACCUGGACAUGGAUUGAUGGAACUCCACUGACUGACACUGUGAAGUACUGGAUAAGUCCGCCUGAUAACGGUGGAGGAGAUCCACAGUGGGGUGAAGAGGACUGUGUUGAAAUCGCAUAUGGGGAGAACACAGAAACAAAAUGGAAUGAUCUGCGGUGUGAUAAAGCUCUGCAAUGGAUCUGUGAAAAACUGGCUUAGUAUUUUAAAUAUUACAUCUGUUGAAAGUUAUUGUGAACAUGCAAAAGGCCUUAAAUUGUUUCUUGGUGUGUGUGAUGUAUAUAGAGAGAAGGAGAGAGUGCACGUAAAGAGUUGGAGGUCAGGUAUCGAGAUCUCAGUGUGAUUGUUUUGCCAUAAUCAGCUGCUUUUUACCGGGAAGAUGAACCGCAGGAGGCCGGGAUCUUUAGCAGGUAUCUGUAUACAUGUGCUGAUGACUAUUGUAUGCAAAUAAACCAAGCUGCACAUUAUACUGAAUAGAUACUAUG